AUGAACCUCACGGACAUUACCGGCAAUCCCAUAACAGAUAACCGCAAGGGUUCUCUGACACUGCGAGCGACUCAUUCAAACUAUUCGCGAGCAGUUUUGAACGGGGAAUGGCACCAGGCAAGACAAGCAGAGCCCAAGGAUUAUGAUCUGAACAAAGAUCCUGUCCGCUCAAUGACCCUGUCCACCUACAAUCGUAUUGGAAACAUCACUGAUGGGACACUUCCAAAAACCACAUACCAGGAGCAGGCCAGUCAGAUCUUGCUGAGGCCAAUGUUUUCCUUCCGUGACAUCCACAGGAGUUUGGUGCAGCCAGAAACAGUAGCUGCUGCAAAUGCAGGCAUAGACAGAGAUACUGGCGAUCCAAAAGGUGCCUAUGGUUCGGUGUUACCAUUCCCCAGUGCUGAUGGCAACACACCUCAGCUGGAAACCACCUACACUGCAGACUACAUUCCCCCUUAUCCAUUUACACGUCGGGAUGAUACAAAUAACUAUGAGGACUCCAAAGGUCUCGGUGAGAAGUCAGCUGCAUUCAGAAAGAUGAAGUCCCAGUUUACAGACACAGAUGAUUACAGACGUAAUGGUUGGAACACCUGGCAGGAUGAGAGUGGGAUCUACACAAACUCCCAGUACAAGGUGCAGCUGUUCCCCAAAACAGAAACCAUCCCAGGCAGGCCUAUAUCUAAUUAA